GCUGCCACACAGUAAACAACUGAGACUUGAACGCUGCAGUGCCACAGGCGGCGACGCACUGGAUUGGCAUCGAGUCAAACAGGAAACGAAUCAGUUGCUCCCAACUACUAUUAAAAUAUGUCCAAGCUGCUGCGCGCCGUGGCCCUGCAGGCCGGUCUACUGCUGAUCUACCUGUGCCUGAUGCACGCCCUGGAGCUGCAGUUGCACGAACAGCAGCUGCAGCAACAGCUGCUCGACGAGCAGCUGCGCCUGCACCAGCAACAGCAGCUGCUGCAGCAGCAGCGCGAGCAGCAGCUCCAGCAGCGACGCUAUUCCUCGACGACAUCCACACGCAAGCCCUAUAUCAUACCCCAAGGCCUGUCACUGCCCCAGCGAGGCGUCUAUCCGGAUAAAUGCUACCGGGAAGUGCCAGCGGUUUUCUUUCAGUACGACAAGGAGCUCAAAAUCGUGGGCAACAGCAGCACGAAUCCCUACUUCAACGUGAUCGAGGUCUGCUGCAAGGGCUGGCGCCGUUACGAGUACGACUGGUCGAGAUGUGUGCCGGACUGCGGGGAGCGUUGCCGGGAGAAUGGCUUCUGUCUGCCGGGUGGACGGUGUCAGUGCUUUACGGAUUUCGUGCUCAACUACCGCAACGAUUGUGUGCCCACCUGCCCGCUGGGCUGCCCCCAUGGCCAGUGCUAUUUGAAUGGCACCUGCCGCUGCGAGCGGGGCUACGAGCUGGAUGGCUCGAAACGGUUCUGCCAGCCGCAGUGCAAUACGACCUGUGGCCACAACGAGGUCUGCCUCGAGCCGGGCAAGUGCGUCUGCGCCGAGGGCUUUGCCCGCGGUCUGCGCGAAUCGAAUGCCCUCGGCUGUCAGCCCAUGUGCAUACCCGACUGCGGCUAUGGGCACUGCGUGGCGCCCAAUCAAUGCGAAUGCUUUCCGGGCUACCAGAAACGCAUGAAUCGCAGCUCCUGUGAAAUCAAUUGCUACAUGCGCUGUGAGAAUGGCUUCUGUGCCAAUCAAACCACCUGCGUGUGCCAGAACGGUUACCGCUACGAUCAGAACACCACCAGCUGCCUGCCGGACUGCGGCGAUGACUGCCUGAACGGGGUCUGCGUCUCGCCGGGCAAUUGCCGCUGCUUCAAUGGGUAUGUGCGGAAUCGGGAGCGCUGCGAUGCGGUCUGUGAGCGCGGCUGCGGCUUCUAUGGGCGCUGCAUAGCGCCCAAUGUGUGCGGCUGUGCGGUGGUGGCCGGACCCGAGUUGAGCUAUCAGCGGUGCGAGAAUGGCUACUGCAAUGCGGAGGGGCAUUGCCGCUGCCUGGAGGGCAAGACGCGAUUCAUAGACAAGUGCAUGUCCCCGGAUACGGUGACCACGUACGCCUCCAUCAAUCCGUUGCGGGUGAAUGCCUCGCUAAUGCACGAGUUCGAGCUCCUGCUGGGCAGGCAUUUUAUACUGGGCACCGCUGGCAUGAUCGAUUCAAACAGAUGGUGGGUCUAGGCUGGCGAUAAUAAUAGGGAUGUAUAAUCCCAUAUAUAUGCUCAAAAUAAAUUGUAUUUACAAUUUCGAUGUCAAGCACAAAGAAAUUGUUGGUUUCAACAAGAAA